CCAGCCCUCCCUGACUCUCUUGCGCAGGCCUCCGUGCCUCAAUUCACGCCCGUAUCUCCCGCCCGUACUGGCAACCUUUUCCCGUCCGUGUUCGUCGGGCCUUGCACCCGUAGCGACUUACCGGUGCUGUAGCGCCUCUCGUUGAAAGUGCCGCCGUUUGCCGCGCUCCCGUGUUACCCAUGCCGCGACUGUAACCAUUUCAGCAGUAACCGCACUCCCGCUUUCGCAAUGCGCUUCGCCCCGACAGGCUCGACGACGGCCGCUCCAAUGCCGUCGCAAUUCCUCCUUCUCCGAUUGCACACGUGGCGAUCGUUAGUCUCUCGCUGCUCGCCGCGAGUCAAGCCCUUCAACCCGCCAAACACGCCCCUUCGGUUUUCAACUUUCCCCGAGCUUCCCAACUCACCAGUUGGAUUCUCCUACUUACCUCUGACUAGACUGUCGAAUCAAUCGCUUAGGAAUCCCAUGGCUGCCGUACCGUCGGCGCACGGAGCGGAGGUGGUAACCAGUACAGAAGCGAGGGAGGGGGAAGGUAGUAGAAGUGGGGGGAGAGAAAGGAUGGCGGGGACAACGAACGUGGAGGGGGGAGAGGGGGAGGGAGAGAGGGGAGUUUUGAGUCGACUCAAAACACACCAGGGGGAGGGAGAGAGGGGAGUGAAUGAUGCGGAGACCGCGGAGGAAGGAGAUGAUAGAGGGCAAAGCGGGAGGGGCGAGGAGCGGUUGGAAGCGGUCGAGCGGGGAGAGUUGAAGGCAAAGCGCCGGAUGAGGCGAGGCGAGAAGAAGGCGAGAAAAGCGGAGGACAGCGACGCGCCACGGCGGGUGUCCGAGUGGCGCACGCGCCCCCUAGUCCCCCACGGCGCGUCCCAGUGGCCGCAGAUCCAAUCGCUCGCCGCCACGUCAGCAGGCGCCAGCCUGUCGAUCGACGCGAUCUUCGCGUCCCUCGGCCUCCCGCCCUUAUCCGACGGCCACCCGCUUCUCCCGGUGCGCGUGCGGCAGCACGUGAACCCGUUAAAGACGUCGUUAAUGGCGCCGCCGGCCCCGGUCGACUGGGCGGCAGUGUACGACGACCCGUCCCUGCCUCUGUUUGUUGAUGUUGGGUCGGCGAGUGGGCGGCUGGUUUUGGCGCUUGCUGUGAGGGACUGGGCUUGGCGUGAGGAGAAGGAAAGGAUACAAGGGGCGGACGCACCAUCACCACCCCCAUCAACAACACCCACGCCAUCGUUCCUCCCUCCUCCUCCCCUGAAUUUCCUCGGCUUUGAGAUCGGCGACAAGCUCGUGCAGCGCGCCGACUCAAGGGACACGGCAGUCCAGCGCGACCUAGGUGCUGCUGGGUCGACUCAUCAUGAGGAGGAGGCAGUUGAGACACCCGCCCCAUCGUUCCUCCCCUCUCCGCCCCUCAACUUCCUCGGCUUCGAGAUCCGCGACAAGCUCGUGCAGCGCGCCGACGCCUGGCGCCGCCAGCUGGCGGUGCGCAACGCGCACUUCGUGGUCGCCAACGCCACGUCAGCGCUGGAAUCCGUGCUGGCGACUUAUCCUGGUCCCCUAGUGGCGGUGUCGGUUCUGUGCCCCGACCCUCAUUUUAAGAACAAGCAUAGAAAAAGAAGGGUGGUUCAGCGGGGUUUGGUGGCGGGGAUUGGGAGGGUGCUGGUGCCAGGUGGACACGUGUUUGUUGAGUCUGAUGUGGAGGAGGUGGCUGCUGACAUGUACAGGCAGUUUGCGGAUUAUGGGAGGGGAGGAGGGGAGGAGGAUGCAGGGGAUGAGAAGGGUAAAGGGGCGAGUGAGAGUGAGGGAGAGGAGAGUGAGGGUGAGGGAGAGGAGAGUGAGGGUGAGGGAGAGGAGAGUGAGGGUGAGGAAGAGGAGAGUGAGGGUGAGAAAGUGAAGAGUGAGGGUGAGAGGGAGGGGAGUGGGAGUGAGAGUGAAGGUCUGGUGAGAUUCGUUCCGAGUGACCUUGCUGGAGCAGGAGUGAGUGGGGAGGGAGGGGAGACAGGUGUACCACAAGAGGUGGCAGGUGGUGGGAAUGCAGGGGAGGGGAUCAAAUGGCUGGAGUAUAACCCCUUGGGGGUUCCAAGUGAGAGGGAGGUGGUGGUGCUGCUGCAGGGCUCGCCCAUGUACCGAGCUCUCUUCGUCAAGCAAUGAGUUUCCCCUCGGUCGCACAUUCUCAUGGCACUGCUGGAAAGCAGCGGUGAAGGGAAAGAGGCUGGAUUAUAGCCCGCAGGGAUUCCUAGUGAGAGGGAGGUAGUGGCGCGGCGCUGCUGCAUGUACCGCGCCUUGUUUGUCAAGCAUCCAUGCCCAUGGGCGCAUCCAUUAAAUGGAGUGAGUAGAGUUACUAACUACCAACUGUUGCCAGCUCAAGAGCGGAUCAGAAUUCAGGUGAAAGCAAGCACAAUUUUGAAGACUAAUGCCUUGACAAAUACCACA